UGAAGAUUGAAGAAAGGCUGUGAAGAAACUAGAAAGACUAUUAUAUCGUUGUUAAAGAUGUCCCUUACUCCGUUACUGUCCUUAUUUUUUGUGUGCUUCAGCCUUCUCUUUUAUUCAGUGGAUUCUUGUUCAACAGUAUCUAGAUCAGGUGUAUCACUAACUGGAGUAUGUCCUAAUGAUACUUUUACUGUACCCAUUGGAACAACACUAACUUAUGAGUGUUCUUACAACUUUUCUUCAGGAUAUUAUCCAUUUUGGAAUGUUAGUGGAACCGAACUGGCUGGUGGUGUUUUCAGACCACCUGGAAUAAGUGAGUAUGUGUUCGAUGGCAAUAUUGGAAAAGCUACUAUAACUAUUUUAACUAAUGGAAAUAUCACAAUGUACAUACAGUGUGGAUUAAGAGGAACAGGACAAAAUAUGGAUCUAACCUCUCGAGUGAGGUUUAUUGAGACAGAAGUAGUUACCUUUGGUCCUCCUUCUUCAUUAUCCCACAAGUUAAGAGAGAAUGAUACUGUUAAGUUGUCAUGGUUACCUCCUCUAGAAGCGCCCAUACCAUUAUUCACAUAUAGUAUAAUAAUAAUGGAGUCAACUACUAAUUUACCAGUAACUGAUAUUAACAUUACUAACAAUACAUAUGUAAUAAUAUCACCUGCUAAUAUAGCUAAUUAUACUGAAUGUACUUCAUAUCAAUGGGGAGUAAGAGCAGCUGCUAGUUUAAGUUAUGGAUUUACUAAUAUAACAAUGGCAAAUGAAAAUUUCACUUUAAUUUCAGGUCCUAAAAUAUCUGAUGAAUUGACUGUUAUUGAUGAUAAUUAUACCAUUGAGUUCAAUGCUACAGCUCCAUGUGAUAUUGAUCUAUUAAACAACUACACGUAUACUUUACUACAAAGAGAUUACUGUCAGACAGAACUCAAUUCAUCACAACUUAAUAUCAGUAUACCACUUGAUGAUAAUGUUGUUCUACCUAAUACAAUGAUACCAAUCAGUGUUAACAUUGAAUCAUUGAUUCAUGAUUCAACGUGGUUAGUUGCUGUUAGUGUAUCAAACAGGUUUGGUUCAGAUACUACAGACUAUACAAACAUUACAAACAAUAAAACUAACAUAGAGCAGUGUUACUCAGAGCCUAUUUCAUCACUGUCAACUGCAAUAAUGCUUUCAAAAACAGUUACUCCUUCUCCAAGUCCAAUAUCAUCAAUUUAUAGAUCUAAGUCUGGUUCUAUUCAAACUUCAAUGGACUGCACUGCAGUUAUUAUCACUAGUACAGUAUACAUCACUACAACACCUUCAACUAAUGUCAUUCCCAUUGUUAUUGUUACUAUAGCAACAGUUAUGAUAUUACUGAUAGUAGUAAUAAUACUACUCAUUUUCAUGAUACUUUUAUGCUAUAAAAGAUCUGAUAUAGCUGGAAAUAGAUGUACUUCAAAUCAGAAUGUCACUGUACCACUUGAGGUCUGUCCUGCAUAUGAUGAUAUUUCAAGACUGAAUACUGCAAACUGUGAAGCAUAUGGCAAAAGAGAUACAUUUAUAACUGCAGAAUAUGAAACUGUAAAUGUUAAUUAGCUAGUUUUUAAUUU